GGGCAGGCUGGAUCCCCUACCUGCCCCUCAGAGGAUGCAGUUCUUUGGCCGCUUGGUCAACACCCUUAGUAGCGUCACCAACUUGUUCUCAAACCCAUUCCGGGUGAAGGAGGUGUCUGUAGCUGACUAUGCCUCAAGUGAACAUGUUCGGGAGGAAGGGCAGCUGGUCCUGUUCCAGAAUAUUCCAAAUCGUACCUGGGACUGCAUUCUGGUCAACCCUAGAAACCCACAGAGUGGCUUCCGGCUCUUCCAGCUGGAGUCAGAGGCAGACGCCCUGGUGAACUUCCAGCAGUUUUCCUCCCAGCUGCCACCCUUUUAUGAGAGCUCCGUGCAGAUUCUGCAUGUGGAGGCCCUGCAGCAUCUGACUGACCUCAUCCGCAACCACCCCAGCUGGACUGUGACCCACCUGGCAGUGGAGCUGGGCAUCCGAGAAUGCUUCCACCACAGCCGCAUCAUCAGCUGCGCCAACAGCACAGAGAAUGAAGAGGGCUGUACCCCCCUGCACCUGGCCUGCCGCAAGGGUGAUAGCGAGAUCCUGGUGGAGCUGGUACAGUACUGUCAUGCCCAGAUGGACGUCACAGACAACAAGGGAGAGACUGCCUUCCAUUAUGCUGUGCAGGGGGACAAUUCCCAGGUGCUGCAGCUCCUAGGAAAGAAUGCCUCAGCUGGCCUGAACCAGGUAAACAACCAAGGGCUGACACCGCUGCACCUGGCCUGCCAGAUGGGGAAGCAGGAGAUGGUGCGCGUACUGCUGCUCUGCAAUGCCCGCUGCAACAUCAUGGGACCUGGCGGCUUCCCCAUCCACACAGCCAUGAAGUUCUCUCAGAAAGGGUGUGCUGAAAUGAUCAUCAAUAUGGACAGCAACCAAAUCCACAGCAAGGACCCUCGCUAUGGAGCCAGCCCCCUCCACUGGGCCAAGAAUGCCGAGAUGGCCCGUAUGCUGCUGAAACGGGGCUGUGACGUGGACAGCACGAGUGCAGCAGGGAACACGGCCCUGCAUGUGGCAGUGAUGCGGAACCGCUUCGACUGUGUCAUGGUGCUGCUGACCUAUGGGGCCAACGCGGGCGCACGUGGCGAGCAUGGGAACACUCCACUACACCUAGCCAUGUCGAAAGACAAUGUGGAGAUGAUCAAGGCCCUCAUUGUAUUUGGGGCAGAAGUGGACACCCCGAAUGACUUUGGGGAGACUCCUGCAUUCAUAGCUUCCAAGAUCAGCAAACUGAUCACCAGGAAGGCACUCUUGACUCUGCUGAGAACCGUGGGGGCCGACUACCGCUUCCCACUCCUCCAGGAGGUCUCCACAGACCAGGGCUCUGCAGCAACACCUCACCCCUUCUUCUCCCUGGACAGAGCUCAGCCCCCAGCGAUCAGCUUAAACAACCUAGAGCUGCAGGACCUUAUGCCCAUCUCCCGGGCCCGGAAGCCAGCCUUCAUCCUGAGCUCCAUGAGGGAUGAGAAGCGAACCCAUGACCACCUGCUCUGCCUGGACGGAGGGGGCGUGAAAGGCCUGGUCAUCAUCCAGCUCCUCAUUGCCAUCGAGAAGGCCUCAGGUGUGGCCACCAAGGACCUCUUCGACUGGGUGGCAGGAACCAGCACUGGUGGCAUCCUGGCCCUAGCCAUUCUGCACAGUAAGUCCAUGGCCUAUAUGCGUGGUGUGUACUUCCGCAUGAAGGAUGAAGUGUUCCGGGGCUCGAGGCCCUAUGAGUCUGGGCCCCUGGAAGAGUUCCUGAAGCGGGAGUUUGGGGAGCACACCAAGAUGACAGAUGUCAAAAAACCCAAGGUGAUGCUGACAGGGACACUGUCUGACCGGCAGCCAGCUGAGCUCCACCUGUUCCGGAAUUAUGAUGCUCCGGAGGCUGUGCGGGAGCCUCGCUUCAACCAGAAUAUUAACUUGAAGCCUCCAACUCAGCCCACAGACCAGCUGGUGUGGCGGGCAGCCCGGAGCAGUGGGGCAGCCCCCACCUACUUCCGGCCUAAUGGACGCUUCCUGGAUGGUGGGCUGCUGGCCAACAACCCCACACUGGAUGCUAUGACAGAGAUUCACGAGUACAAUCAGGACAUGAUCCGCAAGGGCCAGGGCAACAAGGUAAAGAAACUCUCCAUAGUCGUCUCUCUGGGGACAGGAAGGUCCCCGCAGGUACCCGUGACCUGUGUUGAUGUCUUCCGCCCCAGCAGCCCCUGGGAACUGGCCAAGACCGUUUUUGGAGCCAAGGAACUGGGCAAGAUGGUUGUGGACUGUUGCACAGAUCCUGAUGGGCGGGCUGUGGACCGGGCCAGGGCCUGGUGUGAGAUGGUUGACAUCCAGUACUUCAGACUGAACCCCCAGCUGGGGACAGAUAUCAUGCUGGAUGAGGUCAGUGAUGCAGUGCUGGUCAACGCCCUCUGGGAGACCGAGGUUUAUAUCUAUGAGCACCGGGAGGAGUUCCAGAAGCUGGUCCAGCUGCUCCUGUCACCUUGAGCCCCCCAGGCUCUGCUGGCAAUAGUGGGCCAGGCCUCCAGCACACUGGUGGCCAAGCUGGGCCAGGCAGCUCUGCAUCCACUUGUGCACUGGGGCUGGGAGCAUGAAGCUUCCUCCCCAAGGUGUCUCUCCUGACCCAUCAACACUUUGCACUCUAAGCUGAACACCCAGAGUCCCCUCAGCCCCUUCCUCUGACUGUGAAGGACAACUGACUCCGCCCCUCAUCCCUCAGCUUUGACACUAAAGUGCCCAGUGUGCCUGGAGGUCUCUCCUGGGUUCCCUGGUCACUGCACCCCACCCCUUCUCCUCCUUUCCUGAAGCCAGGGGCUAGAAAAUCUGGGUUCCACCCCAUUACCAAGUGAAAUCCAGACUCCAGGAGCAGGGUGCCCCAUUCAACUUUGCCCCUCCACACCUGCUGGCCACCCCGCCCCUGCAGGUGCCCCACCUUGAGAGCCUCCUACUCCCAAAGGUCGCUCUAGUGUGUGUACUCUUCUCUGGGAGGAGCAUGGGGAGGGGCUCAGAGCUACUUGAUAACUGUGAAAUAAAUGGGUUUGGACUCAUGUUCA